AUGGACGACUUCCCAUGGGAACAGGUGGAUUCCGGCAACCUGGAGAGUCUGCAGGUCGUUCUCUUCUCGAGUUCGACUGCUCGCAGAAUCCGUGCUCUCCAGGAGCUCCGCGAUAGAAUUGCUUCCAACUUACCAUCUCAAGCGCGCCAGCCUGUCAUUGGCCUUCUGUUCAAGACUUAUCCUCGUUAUGUCGAUCGUCCCUCUCGUCAAGCCGUUCAACAAUGCCUUCGAGAGCUGCUCAAGGCUCCGGUGCCGACCGAUGAUCUGAAAUACUUCAUCCAGAAAUUGCAGAUUGAAGCCGCGAAACCUGCACUGGCUCCCGGUCCCGCUUUGGUCCUGGUAGAAUGGUGCUCAAUUGUGCUACAGAUUUUGGCUGAAGACCCCGAGGCGCCGCUGUCUGCCGCUCUGGACACGAUCGCCGUCGAUGCCAAAGCUCUGGAUACCUGCCUGGCCGCCGCUGGUCCCAAGCAGGCUGUGAAGAUAUCCGCUUUUCGAGUCACCAGACGUGCGCUACGUGCUGUCUUCUCUUCCGCUACCUGGGGUGAAGACGUAAUCCGUCAGGCUGUUCAGCGGUUGACCAGCGACGCUGCCACCGGACAGAAAAACGCACCAUUCCUUGGCGUCAUCUCCGGAGUCUGCGCUCGACUCCCGACUAAGAAGCCAAUCCUAGAGGAGCAAAAGAAAGCCAUUAUCGCCUACUACAUCAAGGAACUGGUCGGAGCCAAGUCUGCUCCGCCCUCUCAUAUCGCCGAUGCCUUGGGUGACUUCUUUGUCGCAUUUGUUACCUACGAAGACGUUGCCUCCGAGUUGAUACCGCCGUUUGAGAAGGCCAUGUUGCGAUCACCUGAGGUGGUUUUCAGCGGCUUGCUCCCAUCCCUCUGCUCCUCGCUACCAGCGGAUUUCGAUCUUGCGGAGCUUCUUCAUGCUCGACUCUUGAAGCACUUGCUGUCGAGUAUGAAGUCAGCCAACCCAGCAAUCAGACAAGGCGCCGUUCGCUCCUUCGAGGCGUUACUAUCGAAGUCUAAGAGCGACAGCCUUCUGCUCAAGUUUACAAGCGAAGUUGUUGGUCCUUUGAAGACCCAGAAAAUUACCAAUCCCGAACAACGUGCUGUGUACGCUCAAGCCAUUGCAGCUAUCCUUCCUUCUGUCGAUAUCGCGAAAGAAGUGGUCCAGGGUCUCGUUCCGGUAUUCUCGCGUGAAUCCAAUGAAGCCGCCUUGGAGGAGGAGAUUAAAUCGUUUUGCAAGCAUCUGACAUUCCUUCUUCACUCCAAAGUAAAAGUCAACGACGAUGUCAUCAACGCUAUCGUCAAAGGGUCCUCCGAUAAGCGGGUACCCUUCAAGAAGCUUUGGCAGCUCAAUGUCAGUCAAGUUUUUUGGGAGGUCGAAGCUUCGACCUUGGCGAGUGCCGAGAUUGAGCCCCUUGUUAACAAGUACCUGGCUAAAAUGAAAGAACUAUAUACUGAGGUCUUCUCCAACCCGUUGCCUUCUGCUCAGGGUGGAUCUUUGUCUACAGCUCAUAUCUACCUUGCCCUUCUGGAGCGCUCGGCUCCCCUUGCAAGCUUCGAUAAGGCCGCAUGGGACGAUACUGUAGCGCAAGCGAUGGUGCUCAACCCAAAGCCAUCAUUCUUGCUCAACCCCAGGGCAUACUCCAAGCUGGCCUCUCAGGCUGAAAUUCAGUGGGCGGUAAGGGCACUUGCUGCAGUCACCACAAGCUCUAAGUUCGAAGGCGCCGAAGAUACAGCCAAGACUGCGUGGGCUCAGGCUUUCAUCUACAGCGUCACUGCACCUGGACUUCACACUAGCUUCCGUGACGAAUCUGCUCGUGCAUUGACCCAAGCUUACUUGGAGAAUGUGGCCAGCGUCGGCCGGAUCAUUAUCAACGGAUUAUGGGCUUGGAUUCUUGCAUUCAGAACAGGCGAAAAGGAAUCUGCACCAAUCUCCGCGGGUCCUGAAAGCGAAAGACAUCUGCAUCUCGUGGUGAAGGCCAUUUGCCCGUCCUCUUCUACCUUGCAGGCAGUGGGAAACAUCACAGCCGACCUGAAGAGUCAGCUUGUUGAAUUGCUUCUCCUUGCUCGGCCUGAGUUGAUUCCGAAUGCGCCCUGGAUUUCUCUGUGUCUUAGAACCGGCACUGAUCCGGGUGAUUUGGUGCGCGAGUUCGCAGACCACUGCUUGAAGCAACUGACUCGCGUGCAGGAGGACCCUGUUCAAUCCAAGAUUCCUCAACUGAACGCCGCUAUCUGGAGCGCAGCUGGUGAACUGGCCUUUGUGGCUCCCGAUGCUAUGGUACCUCGUCUCGUCACUCAGAUUCAGGAGGACUUGGAUGUAUCUCGUGUUUCAAAGUUCACACCAACCGAUGUCGCCAUUGCACGUACUCCUGAGGGAACCAUGUUCGUUGAUGUUCUUAGCACCAAGUCAAAGCCUACUUUUGACAAGAACAACAAAGACUAUAACAUUCUCAAGUGGGAGGAAGAACUACGGGUGCAGUUGGCGGAAAAGAAGGGCCAAAAGCCGAAGAAGCUUACUGCUGAUGAGCAGGCCAAGGUCAAAGCUCAGCUUGCCAAGGAGUCCAAAAUCCGCGAAGAGGUCCUUGAGGAGAUCAAGAAGGUCGAAAGGGGAACUGGAAUUAUUCAAGGCCUUGCUAGUGGCCCGGCGAUCGAUGCAGACGGUUGGAUCAACCCUGCUGUGAGCGCCUUGCUCGCACUGGCAGAAGCUGGUGCAGGCUUGUUCGCUGGUGAUGUAGUCUCCAAAGCCUAUAUCAAGUGCUCAGAGAAGCUCUCCUCACGCCUAGGUCCGUUGCGGCCCUUCGUGGGUGUCGCAACCCUUCGCGCGAUUGGCCAAAGCCAUCUGCCACCCGAAAUGGAAGCGGAGUCGCUCGGACAACUCGUGACCAGGAUUCUUUAUCGCUUGCGCUUUGCAUCUGAGCAACGUCCUCUUGAUAUCUCGUCGCUGGCAUACGUCCUUCCCUUGCUCUUCUUGAUCCUCAGUCGAAAUGGAAUUGAGGAACAGAAAGGAGAAGAGGAGGGCGAACAAGUACUCCUUGCCAUCGAAGUCUUAUCCUUCCAUUCAAGCUCCUUUGCCGACGAGCGCCUUCCUCGAGUUGAGGUCCUGAACCACUUGCUCUCCUCAAUGCAAAGGUAUACUCAACACUAUAAGCUCAUUAAGGACACUCUUUUCGAUUUCUGUCGUUCGAUCUCGCCCAAUAUCUCCAAGGACGAACUGGAUGUUUUGUUGAAGGGCACCAUUGUUUCUGAGGUGUCCGUUCGUACAUCUGUCUUACAGGUUAUCGAAUCUGAGAUUGACUUGAUCGACCUCGACUUCUCCGAGCACAUCUGGCUCGAAUGUCAUGAUCACGUGGAGGAAAACGCAGAAAUCGCUGAGACUAUUUGGGAAGAAAAUGCGCUCGAGGUCGAUGACUCCUCGUAUGGAAAGAUUAUUCCCUAUCUCGCCUCCAAGGAUUCGCAUCUUCGCGGCGCUGCGGCUCGUGCCUUGGCCCAUGCUAUUGAGUCAAACCCACCUAUCUUCGGUGAAAUCGUCUCGGAGCUUCAGUCCAAGUAUGCAGUCGAGAUCCAGCCUAAAGUUCCCGAGAAGGACAGUUACGGAAUGCCCAAGAAGAUGGACAUGACCGACCAUUGGGAGUUCCGUAGUGGUAUUGCUCUUGCAUUUGGUGCCAUGACCAAUCUGUUUGAAGGCAAGCAGGUUGUUGAGUUCCUUCGCUUCCUGAUUGAAAGAGGCCCAUUGAUCGACAAGAGCUCUGUGGUGAGAUCCCAGAUGGCGGAGAGUGGUCGGUCCGUCAUCGGCGCACGUGGCCAGCAGGCGGUGGAGGAGUUGAUGCAACUUUUGGAAACUACGUUGGAAACAUCUGACAAAGGAAGUGAGACUUCCGACCUGCUCAAUGAGGCAGUGGUCGUUCUGUACGGAUCCUUGGCCCAGCAUCUCAAGGCCGACGAUCCUCGUCUGCAGACGGUCCUCAAGAAACUCCUGGGCACUCUUCCUACGCCUUCGGAAAGCGUACAGUCUGCAGUCUCCGGAUGUUUGCCACCUCUCAUCCGACUCUGUGGCCCUCAACAAAGCGGACAGUAUGUCAAGGAGAUGCUGGAUCAACUCCUACAGUCCAAGAAGUAUGCUACGCAACGUGGUGCAGCCUAUGGCCUUGCUGGUAUCGUCAGCGGUAGAGGUAUCUCCACUCUGCGAGAAUUCCAGGUUAUGGCUCAUCUUCAGGAUGCUUCAGAGAACAGAAAGGAGCCGCAUCAGAGACAGGGUGCUCUGUUGGCAUAUGAAUUGUUUGCGACCAUUCUUGGUCGGACUUUCGAACCAUAUGUUAUUCGGAUUGUCCCGCAACUCCUCGCCAGUUUUGGAGAUGUGAAUGCAGAUGUCCGUGAUGCCUGCCUCGAUGCAGCAAAGGCCUGCUUCUCAAAUCUCAGCUCGUACGGUGUCAAGCAGAUUCUUCCCACCCUCCUUGACGGUCUUGAUGACACACAAUGGCGCAGUCAAAAGGGGGCCUGCGAUCUUCUAGGAGCAAUGGCUUACCUGGAUCCCCAGCAGUUAGCGGCUAGCUUGCCCGACAUUAUCCCUCCGCUGACAGUGGUCUUGAACGACACGCACAAGGAGGUGCGCAAUGCCGCCAACCGCAGUUUGCAGCGCUUCGGUGAAGUCAUCAGUAACCCUGAAGUUAAGAGCCUUGUCAACGUACUCCUCAAGGCGCUGAGCGACCCCACUAAAUACACUGACGAGGCUCUCGAUUCACUUAUCAAGGUCUCCUUCGUCCACUAUCUUGAUGCACCAUCCUUGGCUCUCGUCGUUCGUAUCCUCGAGCGCGGUCUCGGUGACAGGUCGAACACGAAACGCAAAUCUGCGCAGAUUAUUGGCAGCUUGGCUCAUCUCACGGAGCGCAAAGAUCUUAUUUCGCACCUUCCAAUCAUUGUCUCUGGUCUUCAGUUGGCUAUCGUUGAUCCUGUGCCCACCACCCGCGCUACUGCCUCCAAAGCCCUGGGUUCACUUAUCGAGAAGCUUGGAGAAGAUGCUCUUCCCGAUCUCAUCCCCAACCUCAUGACUACACUCAAAUCAGAUACCGGUGCUGGUGACAGAUUGGGAUCCGCGCAGGCUCUUUCGGAGGUUCUGGCUGGAUUGGGUACAACCAGACUCGAGGAGACGCUGCCUACCAUUUUGCAGAAUGUCAGCAGCUCGAAGCCAUCUGUUCGCGAAGGCUUCAUGACUCUCUUCAUCUUCCUGCCCGCUUGCUUCGGAAAUAGCUUCGCUUCCUAUCUGAGCAAGAUCAUUCCCCCAAUUCUUUCGGGUUUGGCUGAUGACGUCGAAUCUAUCCGUGAGACGUCCCUCAAGGCCGGUCGCCUGCUGGUCAAGAAUUUCUCUUCCAAGGCCAUCGACCUGCUUCUGCCAGAGCUUGAGCGGGGUCUCGCAGACGAUAGCUACCGCAUCAGAUUGAGUUCCGUUGAGCUUGUUGGUGAUCUUCUCUUCAGUAUCACUGGUAUCACGGCCAGGACAGAUGCGGAAGAGGAAGCGGAGGAAGCCGCUCAAGCUGGACAGUCGCUUCUCGAAGUCCUUGGAGAGGAGAGGAGGAACAAGGUCUUGUCUGCGCUCUUCAUCUGUCGCUGCGAUACAUCAGGGCUUGUCAAGAGUGCUGCGAUGGGUGUCUGGAAGUCGCUUGUCGCCUCCCCCAAGACCCUCAAGGACAUGGUGCCAACUCUAUCUCAACUCAUCAUCCGCCGCCUUGGCUCUUCUAACAUGGAGCACAAGGUCAUUGCUAGUAACGCUCUGGGAGACCUCAUCAAGAAGGCAGGAGAGUCUGUUCUCGCGACUCUGCUUCCUACGCUCGAGGAAGGUCUUCAGUCAUCUCCUGACGUGGAUGUCAGACAGGGUAUUUGCAUUGCUUUGAGAGAGCUUAUCGCCUCUGCUUCCCCUGAGGCCCUCGAAGAUUACGAGAAGAUCCUUAUCUCAACCGUUCGGGUGGCUCUGGUCGAUCACGAUGAAGAUGUUCGCGAGGCUGCAGCCGAAGCGUUCGACGCUUUGCAACAGAUCUUGGGCAAGAAGGCUGUCGACCAGGUUCUUCCUCAUCUCCUGCUCCUCCUGAGAAACAACGAAGAGGCAGAGCAAGCGCUGUCGGCACUCUUGACGCUUCUCACCGAGCAGACACGGGCCAACAUAAUCCUACCGAACCUCAUCCCUACUCUUCUCACUUCUCCUAUCUCAGCAUUCAAUGCCCGGGCUCUCGCCUCCCUGGCCGAAGUGGCAAGCAGCGCUAUGACACGCAGACUGCCUACGAUCCUCAACUCCCUGAUGGACAAUAUUGUAUCAACGACUGACGAGGAACUCCGACAGGAGUUGAGCAGCGCUUUUGAUACAAUCUUGGUAUCUGUUGAUGAAUAUGACGGCCUCAAUGUGAUGGUGAAUGCCAUGAUGACUCUAAUGAAGCACGACGAUCACGUUCGUCGUACUAACGCGGCACUUCACCUUAAGAACUUCUUUGCCAAUGCCGAGAUGGAUUACUCCAGAUACCAUCAAGAUCUGAUCCGCGUCCUGCUCGUCUCUUUCGACGACAGGGACAAGAGUGUUGUGAAGGCCGCAUGGGCGGCGCAGAGUGAACUCACGUCUCAUCUGCGUAAAGAAGAGAUGGAGGUACUUACCAUCCCUACACGCCAGGUGUUGCGUGGUGUGGGUGUUCCUGGCGCCAAUCUUCCAGGCUUCAGCCUCCCUAAGGGUAUCACUGCUAUUCUGCCGAUCUUCUUGCAGGGUCUUCUCAAUGGAAGUGUUGAGCAGCGUACGCAAGCCGCUCUUGCCAUCAGUGAUAUCAUUGAUCGCACGGGUGCAGAUUCUUUGAAGCUGUUUGUCACCCAGAUCACGGGUCCCCUUAUCCGUGUUGUGUCUGAGCGGUCGGUGGACAUCAAAUGUGCUAUCUUCUUUACACUUAACAAACUACUGGAAAAGAUCCCGUUGGCUGUUAAGCCAUUCCUGCCCCAGCUUCAGCGAACGUUUGCCCGUGGUCUGGCCGAUUCCACCAGCGAGACUCUGCGCAACAGGGCUGCCAAGGGUCUUGGAAUCUUGAUUACUUUGACACCUAGGGUCGACCCUCUGAUUGCAGAGCUCAUUACUGGCACAAAGACACCCGACAUUGGGGUUAGAAAUGCAAUGAUGAAGGCUCUUCAAGAAGUUGUCGGCAAGGCCGGUGCCAACAUGAGCGAGGCUUCGAAGAACGCUAUUCUUGCCCUCAUCGACGACGAUGCCAGCGAUCAGACUGACGCCGUGGCUAUCACCAAUGCCAAGUUGCUCGGUGCUUUGGUCAAGGUGCUUCCACCCGCUACUGCAGGCCCACUCAUCAAGAACCGAGUCCUGACCGCAAACCUCUCCCACUCUUCGAUUCUGGGACUUAACGCUUUGCUUGUUGAGGCACCGUCAUCUUUGACCGAACACUUUGCUACCGAGACACAAGCAGUCAUCUGCCAGGGUGUUACCAACAAGGAUCCUUUCAUUUCCGACAACAGCGUCUUGGCUGCGGGCAAGUAUCUGUUGAUUGAGGACGAGCAUCGCAACUUUGAAGUCAACAAAGUUAUCUUCGAAGCCCUGGCGCCUUGCAUCCAGCCCGGCGCGCCCUCGGACACCCGGAGAUUGGCGUUAGUUGUCAUGCGGACCGUUAGCCGACUUCAUCCGGAGUUGACACGGCCGCAUCUGGCUCUUCUUGCGCCCCCGAUCUUCGCUAGUGUGCGCGACAUGGUCAUUCCGGUGAAGUUGGCGGCGGAGGCUGCCUUCCUUGCGAUUUUCUCUGUGGUGGAGUCUGAAGGCGCCGUGUUCGAGAAGUACAUGGCUGGACCGGGGGCUGAGCUUCCGCCGGGCCCCAAGCGGAGCAUGUCGGACUACUUCAAGCGCGUUGCCUUGCGUCUGGCAAGUCAGGCUAGGGAAAGAAAGGAGGCGGAAGGUGGACAGGGUGGCCUCGGCCUGUCCAAUGAUGAGGUUGAUGACGAGAAGGAAUUGUGGAGCAUUGGCAAGGUCGACCUUGGGGAAGGGGCCUUUGGGGAUGAGGUCAACCUUCGCACCCAGAAGCGCCUCGCGGCCUCCGUGGUCGGCUGCGGCAAGCGCAAGAUUUGGCUCGACCCCAAUGAGAUGAAUGAGAUCUCCAACGCCAACUCCCGCCAGACCAUCCGCAAGCUCGUCAGCGAUGGCCUCAUCAUCCGCAAGCCCGUCACCAUGCACUCCCGCGCCCGCGCCCGUGAGCUCGCCGCCGCCCGCAGAAUCGGCAGACACCGUGGUCUGGGUAAGCGCAAGGGUACCAAGGAGGCUCGUAUGCCCAGCCAGAUUCUCUGGAUGCGCCGCAUGCGUGUUCUCCGUCGCCUGCUCGUCCGCUACCGUGCCUCCGGCAAGAUCGACAAGCACCUCUACCACGAGCUCUACCACCUGAGCAAGGGUAACACCUUCAAGCACAAGCGUGCCCUCAUCGAGCACAUCCAGAAGGCUAAGGCUGAGAGACACCGUGAGCGUGUCCUCAAGGAGGAGAUGGACGCUAAGCGUGCCAAGAACAAGGCUCUCCGUGAGCGCCGCUUGGAGCGCAAGGAGGCCAAGCAGAACGCUCUCGUCGCUGAGGCCCAGGAGUAA